CGAGAUACUGGGCUAACAGCUGGAUUUUGCUGUAGAUGUUUGGUACAGACGUUAACAAAGUCAAUUUAGAUUGUGUUUAUGCAGCCAUGGGUAAUCUCUACCCGUAGCCUGUUCUCUUGUUGGGUGAGAAAUGUAUGUAUAUAGUUCUGUUCAUGUCAUAUUCUAGUUUUCGUUUCUGUCUGUCAUUUGUCCUCUCGGUUGCCCAACAUGAUCGAUCUGGCAUCAGUUUACUAUGGACUGUUCCUCGGCGUCUUCAUCUUCACGUUUGCAAAGGCCUUAUCACAGACUAGAUCCAUCUACAAACGUACUCACAGCCUUCACAAUGCCUACCUGUACAUGAUCUGGACCGAGACAGUGGUCAAUUUUGUCUUUGCUCUCAUCACAUUCCUCUAUCUCAAUGGCAUCAUCCCUGGAAACCUCGGUUUUCUCCUCGCGACCGUCAUAUUAUGGUCGAUCCAGACGCAGCUUCUCCCUCAGAUUAUCGCCAACCGAGUGUCCUUGAUCAUGACGAACCGACGCCGAGCGAGGCACCUGAAGUGGGGGCUCGUGGUCUGCAUUCUGUUUGUGAACGGCGCUGUCUGCUACAUCUUCACGGUUGCACAUCUCGACACUGCUACAGAUUCGCAAAAGCAUACGAACAUGAUCUUUGAGAAGUGUGAGAAGACGUUCUUCCUCAUCACCGACCUGGCACUCAACUUGUACUUCCUAUACCUGGUGCGGUAUCGUCUAAUUGCCGAUGGCCUGAACAAAUACUGGAGAUUGUUCAACUUCAACGCUGGAAUGGUGUGUAUCUCGACAUCAAUGGACGUACUUCUACUGGGGUUCCUUAGUCUUCCAGAUCCUUACUUAUACGUCCAAUUUGCCCCUCUUGCAUACAUCGUCAAGCUCUACAUCGAACUGCUCAUGGCAAAUCUCAUCUCCAAGGUGGUUCGAGGAACUUCACGUAGUCAAGGAGAAGGAUGGUACUCUAACAGUCGGGACAAGUCCAACCCAACAAAUUAUGGUCUUACAUCCCGAGUAGUUGUAACCACCGGUCAGCCUGUCCCUGGCCGCGGAAGUAACGUAAUGAGCAGGAUGGGCAAAGAACAAGGGAAUAACGAAAACAACAACGGAUCGCAAGUUCAUCUAGCGACAUUCCCGGAACCUCAUGGUAUCACAAAGACUGUUGAGACUACGGUGGUGGUGGGAGAUGGAGAGAGUGACAGGACCUUCUAAACGAAGGGCUAAAGACAGGCUUUCAGUCAUGGAUCUCAGCUGCGAAUAACACAUCUGGCUCGUAUUUCAGACAGUAUAUCGCGAUGGCUCAACGAUUGCAAGUGAUAGAACCUUAAAAGACAGUGUUAAGAAAGCUGGCCUUUUACUAAUGUAAUAAGAAAACAUUGAUAUACAGACAUGGAAUCACUACUGGAUUAAUACUUGUAUUCAUCGUCAGGCUUAGCAUUUCCUCAAUAAAGUCGUUCAG